AUGGACGUCGAAUUGUUGAAGGCGCGGAUGUUGCCGGCAGUGGCGGCACGCUUUAACGAGUUGUGGAGACAACUGGGCUCUGGCGAGGGUAAAAGCCCCGGACCGCAGGGAAGCCAUCGGAUUUGCACGGCAGACGCGCUGGCGUUACGUGCCGGUGGUAUUAUUGGCCCUGCAUCCGACGCCCCCACAAAAGGGUGGGUAGUACCUUUUUCUGUUGUCGAGGAAAAGUCCACAGGCACACGCCUGCGGUGGAUUGCGUGGCCUCGUGUCAAAAAUGCGACAUUGGAGGAUGACGCGGACGUGCCUUUGGAGCACGUGGCCCGGUACCUUCCAGCAGUUCAUGCUGAGGUGGCGGCGUGUCUGGAUUUGAAGGCGUCCUUCUAUCAGGUUCCGUUACCGGUGGAGGCGCGCGCGUGUUUUCGAUGCAUCGCAGAGAACGGAGCUGUGAUGGAGCUGCAUCGGCUGCCGAUGGGAUAUCGGGCUAGCCCUGAGGUGAUGCAGUUGUUGACGUCCGCGGUGCGGUCUGAGUACCGCGCGCCCCCUGAGGUCCAUAUCGAUGUGUGGAUAGACAACAUACGGUUGUGGGGGACGGAAGCCGCUGUCCAAGAGUGGACGAAGCGGGUGUUACUUGUGGCAACUGAGGCCCAAGUGACUUGGGGGGAGACGCUGAUCGCGACACCCCGGUAUCAGUUUGUGGGAGUUAGCUUUGACCACUGCCAGAAGACGGUGAAGCUCGGUGAUUGA